AUGAGUAAGAACCUCCUCACACUCCAGGAGUUGGCUGGGCAGAACCUGCUGAGGGAUGAGACCUUGGCUGAUGCUGCUUUGAAGAACUUACCCAGACUGUUCUUCCCACAACUGUUCAAGCAAGCCUACCAGGGUAUUCAUGUCAAGGCUCUGAGGACAAUAGUGUCCUCCUGGCCCUUCCCCCGCCUCCCGCUUGGAGCUCUGAAGAAGACAACCUACUCAGAGACCCCAUGGCAAGUUGUCUUGGAGGAGAUUGAUAAGCUGCUUAUCCAAGAGGUUCACCACAGAGAGUACAAACUGGAAGUUCUGGACUUACGAUCUGUGGGUCAGAGCUGCUUGGAUGUGUGGCCUGGGCCCAUGGAUGACUGGUUACCAAAGACCGCAAGUGAGAAUCAAGGAAUGCCAGGUCAGUCUACGGCAGGAGAGAAGCAUCCCUUGAAGGUGGUGGUGAACUUGUAUCUCAAGAAUACGUACAGGAGCAAGAUAUUCCCCUACCUCACCGAGUGGAGUGACAGGAGGAGAGGGUUGUUACAGCUGUACUGCCAAGAGCUUCAGAUUUGGUCGCCGUGUCAUUAUGACUACAGGAGGCUCUCACAGAUGUUAAGUCUGGAGUACGUAGAAAUUUUCGGCCUGCAUUCCUCUGGCAAGCCAGCCUUCUUGCUUAAGUUGGCUCCUUACCUGGGAACCAUGAGGAACCUGCGUAAGCUUACUCUCUCCUGCAUCACUGAAAACACCUUGAUCUCCUCAGAGAAGAGAAGGCGAAUCGUCACCAAGUUCGCCUCACAGCUCUGCAAGCUGGAGCGCCUCCAGACGCUGAGUCUGGAGGAUGUCUGCUUCCUUGAGGGACACCUGGACUGGAUACUUGGGUCUGUGAAGACAUCCUUGGAUGGCCUUACUGUGACUCACUGUAAACUCUCGGCAUCAGAAUGGCACCAUCUCUCUGAGUUUCCAUGUGUCCGUCAGUUGCAAGAACUGAGUUUGGAAAAUGUCAGAUUGACUGAUUUAAGUCCUGAACCCCUCCGAGUUCUGUUAGUAAAUGCUGGACCCACCCUGAAAGUCCUGGACUUGGAGGACUGUCAUAUGGAGGAUGACCAUCUCUAUGCCAUCAUGUCUGCCCUAAGGAGCUGUUCCAAGCUCACCAAAUUCAGCUUCUAUGGGAACGAAAUCUCCAUGCCUGCCAUGAGGGACCUACUACAAAACACUGCCAGCUUGAGACACCUAAGGAUGGAGAUGUACCCCGUCCCUCAAGAGAGCUAUGACUACAACAAUGUGCCCCACAUGGAAAGCAUGCGCCAACAUUGUGAUGAGCUUAUAGACACUCUGAAAGCCAUUAGGGAGCCAGUGAGGGUCUUCUUUGGUACUGACCGCUGUGAUCAAUGUGGCAAUCGAUACAUCUACAACAAAACCAAUAUGUGUAGAUGUCGGAGAUUUUACUAG